CACUAGUAAGCGUCGAUGUAAACAAGAAAGUAAAGAUGGCGGCGGAUACCGGUGCCUCGAAACCUGCGCGACCGAAAAAAGAGCCACAACCGCUGAUAAUCCCGAAAAAUGCCACCGACGAGCAGAGGCUGAAGCUGGAGCGACUGCUGAGGAACCCGGAUAAGCCUGCUCCAAUACCUGAAAGACUAAAAGAAUGGACACCAAGAAAUGCCCCAGAAUUUGUCAGAGAUGUUAUGGGUUCCAGUGCUGGGGCUGGCAGUGGAGAGUUUCAUGUUUAUCGACACCUUCGUCGCAGAGAGUAUCAAAGACAAGAACAUAUGGACACCAUGUCUGAGAAGCAAAAAUUAGAUGAAGAAUUCCAAAGGAAAAUAAGGGAGAACCAAAUCAAGGCUGAGGAAAGAACUGCAAAGCGAAGAUUAAAACGGCUGAAAAAUAAAGAAAAGAAAAAGGCUAAAAAAACAAAAACAAAGGAUGAAGCUGGGUCCACAAAUGCAGAGAGUGGGCAGGAAGAAGAGAGUAGUGGCAAAGAUUCAGAAGAGGAAGAUACUGAUAAAUAGUUCAAUUUCCACCAACAGAUGAUUAUUUUUACAUUUUCAUUUUGAGUCAUCCAGGUCUUACAGGUUGGCUGUGAUAAGACUGUUCCUAAAUUAUCACAACUUCUAUACUGAGGAUUACAAUUAUUUGUAAGAGAUCAUACAUCACAUUUUACAGACUUUGAGGUAUAUUAUGGGCAGUUUUUUUGUUCUGAUAUCGGAUACUGGACUAUGUAUCAGAAGGCACAGCAGAUAGUGUUCCAUGGCAUGCAGAAAAUUCAGCAGGAUGCAGCAGAAGGAUUUCUAGCUCUCUAGCUGUAUUUAAUGUAAAAAUAAAUCUGUACAUAGCAAGUCUUGAAAUGGACAAAAGCAUAUAUAUGUAUGUUUAGGCUUUUUUUUUUAAAUAAAAUGUUUCCAUGAACAGUAAUGAGACAUGUCCUAAAC